UUUCAAAUAAUUGAUUAAAAGUUAUAAGUAUUAUAUACAAUAUGGAGAAAGACAAAGUAAUACUUACCUGCUAGCUUAGACUUCUUCUAGUUGUUUCGUCCAUUCGCAGGCCCUGAUCCAGGGCCUGCGAAUUGGCUCUAAAAAUGAAGAUACCUGUGCUACUAGAGUACUCCUAAUUUCUUGUUAUUUAGUAUCAUCUAUAAGUUGUAUAGCUUCUAGAAUUUAAGUUUCUUUCCAAGAUCACCACCUCGUGCAAAGAGUAGUAACUUUUGUUAAGAGCCACUAUGCAUAAAUUUUAAUGUUAUCAAGCCUGAAUUUGUUGUUGAGAAAUGUUUUGAGCUCCAAUAUCUCUAAUGGUCUUAUACAAAAAUAGCAUUUACAAGUUUUGAGAGGAAUCUUGACAAAGAAGUUAUCCAAGAAGUAAGUCCUAAUCUUGACAUCUUUGCUUACUCUCAUAUCACUGACUGUAUGCUUUGAUUUGGGCUUGAUGAAACUCUAUAGAAAAUUCUCAAACACUGCAAAAAGAUCUUUAAGGAUUCCGAGAAAUUGAGGUUUUUAUAUCUCUCAAAAGCGAUCCGAUAUAGACACUUUGAGGAUUAAACGGCUACAAGGCAGUUUUGGCAUGAAGUUUUCUCCAGUAAGUCCGCUUCUGAACCAAAUAUUCUCCAAAUUCGAUCUUCAAUGUGAUAUAUAAACCUUCCUAAAUUAUAGAAAGCUAUCACAUCAGUAUCGCCAAAAUUUUCAAAGCAGGAUGACCAUAAGCCAAUGGCAAUGAGUAAGACUAGGUCUGGUUGGAACAUUCCCAAAAUAAACUCGAUGGUUUCCUCCCCUGGAUCAAACUUGGGCACUCAAGCCAAAAUGUUCAGACAGAAAAAGAUAUUGAGUGGAAACUCAUCUCGAGAAUUCAAGAGCCAAGAGCCUCUGAAGAGCACGUCUCCUCGCCAGAGAAGAAUGAUAAAGAAACGACCAAAAAUUGAAAUAGACCAUAUCGAUUUCUCUGAGUCGAAAACCCGAAGAACUUAUAGAAACCAUCGAGGAAAUUUGGUAAAGGCUCAUGAGAGAGAGCUCCCUGAAAUCUCAGAGGGUGCUAAUAAGCAACCAGGGAAUCUGUAUAGUAAAAUGAAUUCAAGAGCCAGCACAAGAAGACAUCAUGCUCGAGAAGAUACAUCCUCAAGAGGGUCUGUAGGGAAAACCAAAGCAUACCCCAAGAAUCCUGAUAUCUUGUUUGGAGUCAAUCCUACUCCAAAGAAGCGAGGGAAACCUUCUGGGUUUAAGAAGAACCAUAAGGCAGGAACUUCUAGAAAACAGCCUCCGGGAAAGAUAUCCAAAACUCCAUUCAUGAAGAGGACACUGAACAGCAAUCAGAAUCAUAUCUCUGUAGAUUCCUUCCAAGAUUAUCAUGCGAAGAGCACUGCAAUAUUAAGGAACAAACUGAAACAGGCUUUUACUUUACACGAGCAGGAGAAGUUAGACGAUUCACUUCAUUUUGAAUUUGCCGAAGAGAUUCAGACAAAGACUUCUCGAUACCAAAAUAUGAAUUCAUGAAAUACCUUCUCUCCUCAUGAACAUCUUGAUGGAGAAGACAGCGAUACCGUAGAAAAGUUAUUAGAUAUUCAUAAAUAGAGUCAUGAUGCCUUCACAGUUUCAUGGGCGACGUGACUCCCAUUUGAGGCAUAGUGUCCAGAUGAGCAAAUCUCGGACCCAUCUCGGGUCCCCAGCUACCAAAAAGGUGCUCAUCCCGAAGAAGAAAAUUUCGAAUAAUAAGAUCAUUCUGAGGGGUAGCAACCAGCUAGAUUUGCAAAAUAAAUUCUUGAGCCAGAAAGGAGCCGACAAGAUUAUUGAUAAAUUACCAGGAAAGAUCGAAAUCCUUAACUUAUCAUAUAAUCCUAGUAUGAAAGAUCUUAACAUGGAUUCACUGAUUUUCAACUACGAGAAAAGGAUCAAAGAACUCAACCUUGAAAGGAACAAUGUGGGGGAUUCCUUGGUGAUAAAGCUCUGCCAAGCGAUUAGAUACCGACCACUUAUGGAGUGACUCAACUUGUCCCAUAACCAGCUUACCAGCAGGAGUGCUGAAGCCAUCGCAGAAAUGUUAAAAGAGAACAGUUCUAUGCACUCAUUGUUCCUCAAAUGGAACAACAUUCAUUCUAAAGGUGCUGCUGCGAUCUGUGAUGCUCUCAAGGCGAACAACUCUUUAAAGGUCCUUGAGCUCUCAUUCAACCCUAUUGGAGGUGGCUUCAGAGCUGAUACAGAGUUCGAGAAACUUACCGAACUUUAUGGUGAAGAAUCAGAAAUAAAUGAGAACAAUGCUAAUACCUCAUUACCUCAGAAAUAGCUGGAAUGUUUCAGAGCAUUUCAGGGAUAUGUUUAAGACUAACAAGACCUUGAUUCAUCUGGACCUUUCAUAUUGAUGAUUUUCACUACUUGAGUGACAGAUAAUGCAUGAAGGGCUUAAGGAAAAUCAUACCAUCCUCGGAUUGCAUAUGGUAGGAAAUAAAAUGUGAGUCGACUCACUUGGAUUCCUUCGUAGAGACGAGAUGAGCCCUUCCUCAUGCCACUUCGCACCUAGGAUGGAACCUAAGCUAGAAACAGGAACCAUUUCAGAGAAAAAGCUACUUCUAAAUUCUAAUUACAACUGUUGGAUAUGUGAAGGAUGGACUGAAGCUACUUUUAAAUUUGACCCAUACAGAUCAAACAACCCGCCCUCUUCAGAUCUCACAGAGCAAGACAAAGUGUUUAUUCACUUUAGCUUCGAUGACUAUCGUCCAGAUCAAAUGAAAUUCUCCCCAGGGGAGCCUUUUUCGAUUAUCCGUAUGGUGCCACCUAAGCCAUUCAACUAUUAUUUCUCGAUCAACGGUGCUUCAAAGUACGCUACUGAUUUAGAAACAGAGUCUCUGUUUCAUAACCCAAAUACAACUAUUCCUUAUGCGAAUAUUCCAACUAGUAUCAGGCAAACCAAGGCGAUUCUGAGUCCAGGCUAUGUUGCCAAGAUGAAUUGUGUUCCUAGACCCAAACGCCAAUUUUUAAUAGAAGAAGAUCCACCUGUCCCUGAGUGGGACAUCAGAAACUCAGUUUUCUGGGGUUACAUGAUCGACACUAAUGAUAUACAUCGAAAGUGAUUUGAGUUUGACUGGGCCCAGUGCAAAAUUCCCAGGAUCAUUAAGGACCCAGAGGAACAACUCAAGGUGAAGAACUACCUUGAAAGUAUCUAUAAACCCAUCAGAGAGACGUAUAAGUACUAUGCAGGGUUUAAUCCUUGUGGGCAUGUCCCUUGCAUCGGCCAGAAUGUGUUCAAUGAGAUCAUAAAUCUUACUGAUAUUGUUGAUGGGAAAGACCUUAAACUGAGCGAUAUCGAUCUAGAGUUUAUAGCAACCAAAGCUGGUAAUAAAAAGAAGCUCCUCAAUCCUGAAAGAUGGCUUGUGCGGUAUCAGCUAAUGGAAGUGCUGGUCAGAAUUGCUAUUCACAAGUAUUGUAGAUCUAGAGGUGACGAUAGAGCUAAGAGUAAUUUCUCACAGAGUAUGGGAUCUGUAAAACCUACAUCGCCUAAAGUUCAAAAGGAGAUUUACACUCACAGCCAAGCUGUCAAGAAACUAUUCGAGGAGCACUUCCUAGAACAUAUGGUCAAAUUUGAUUGCAAUAAGUGGAGAGUUGAGAAGUUAUGGAACCAACAGAAUGAUGAAGUUCUCAAAAAGUAUUAUAAACAGAUCAAGUCUGUUUUUGAAAUCUACUCUGGAAAACACACCAAGCCUGGUAAACCUAAGUUCUCCUCUAUUGAAGAGUUCCUUAAUAUGGUGAUGAGCACAGGUGUACUUAAGAAUGGCUCCAUUGGGGUGAGUGAGAUGGGAGCCAUAUUCAAUGUCUCAAUGAUGACACAGAUAGACGAACUUAAUUACCAAAGACACCUUGAAAUGUAUCUGCUCGAGUUCAUUGAAGCGAUCUGUCGGUUCGCAGCCAGAUGUACUGACAUUCCUCGUACCGGAGAUGAUCAAGCUAGAAGAGUCUUUACACCAGAAAAAUCGUUAAAGACAUCUGAAGAUGGUGGAUUAGAUGAAGAAGCCUUACCUCUGGAUGGAAAUAAACUCUUGACUACUCAGUUGAGCACCAAAGCUGCUUGGGAAAUGGAGUGCGUUGAGCAUCUCCCUUUGCACGACAAGAUCAGGAAGAUAAUUGAGUUACUCAUUGAUACAAAUUUUUAGGAAUUUAAUACUCAUAGUUUCAACUAUAA